AUGGUCACGGGCGGGCCUCCGCUCGGGGACACCCAGCGCACUUGUGGGGCCCCGGAAGGCAGGGCCCGGGACACAGAGCCGAAGGGGUUGGCCUGGGUGAGGCAGAGCGGACCAGCCGCCGCCCGCAACCCCCGCCGCAGCGCCCCGCCCGCCGCCGCCGCCCGCGGCUCACCUGCGCCCCCGCGCGCCCUGCGAGGACAGCAGGCCCCACGCCCGGCCCGGCCCUCGCCGCCCCCGCCGCACUCACCGCUCACUGGCACGACUGCCCCCGGGGCCGGGGCCGGGGCGGGGGCGGCGGCGGGGGCCGGGGUCGGGGCACUGGGCUCGCCCAGCGCAUGGGCUCCGUCCGCGGCGGGUGCGGCUCGGGCUGCGGGCGGCGGACAACCGACCGGGCCGCGCACGCCCCGCCCCGCGCCCGUCCGUCAGCCCGGCAAGGCUGCCAUUGGCCGCGCGCGCCGGGCCCCGCUCUGCCCCACCCCGGUUGGCCGAGAGGCCCGCCCGUCAGAGGCCUCGGCCGGGCGGGGCUUCCGGGAGCUGCGCGGAGGGCGGUUCCCGCCCGGCUGGGCCUCGUGGGCCGUGGCCUGA